AUGGUUGCCAUGUUCUUGUGUUCGUUCGGCUUUGUGUUGCUUUUGAUCCUUCUCCAUCUUUAUUCCAGAUUUCUACUAAGAGGCCAGCAAAGGAGACGCCAUGCCAUGUUCCUUUUUGAUAUAGGAAGGCAAACUAGACCGGAUGUAGAAAGUUCUAUCGAGCCACCGAAGCAUGGGCUUGACCCUUUGGUCAUAGCCUCACUUCCUGUGUUCACAUAUAAGCUAGCAGAGCAGACUGGCCAUGGUGAACCUGUGGAGUGCUCAAUUUGCUUGGGUGCCGUCGUGGAAGGUGACACGGUUAGGGUGCUACCAAAUUGUAAGCACAUGUUUCAUGUAGAGUGUAUUGAUAUGUGGCUUGGGUCGCAUUCAACUUGUCCCAUAUGUCGCACUGAUGCAGAGCCCAGGAUCCAGUCAGCUGCGGAGAAGGACAUGCACAGUAGAGCCCAACCUUCAGCUCCACCUCUGGAGGAAAAUAUACUGCACGGUACUGGUGCUCAAAUAGAGAAAGAAGGUGGAUCAGGCUCGAGAUUGACCUCUUUUCGAGGGAUGGUCUUCAAUAGGGAGUGGUCUUCAAGGACUCGAAACUGUAGAGAUGAAAUUGGUGCAGAGGACAUAGAGGAACGGUGA